AUGCCUAUGAAAAUUACAACUAAGAAAGGCAACGAGGAGAAAGAAAGAAACUGCAGGAUAAGGAUUUGUGAGUUGCUGCGAUUGAUUGGAUUCCAAUGUCCUACGACGGAUGCCACUAUUCUACGCGCAGAGGCGGAACACAAACUUAAUGAGAUCAAGAAAAGUAAACUCGCACGUCAAGAUUCAAAUUCUCCAGAAAGUGUUGUUGCUGAAAUCAGCAAAGUCGAAUGUGAUGAGUCGAUCACAACUAGUACCUUUGACUCAAUGGAUUCAAGAUCCACAUCAAGAUUCAAUCAUUGUGGUGGGAAAUGCCGUAAAGUUAAGAGGUAUAUAGAAGAGAUCCAAGGUGCUGAGAUAGUAGAAUUGGUCUUUGAAAAGAAGCUAACUUAUAGUGAUGUGAACCUCUCGCAAGGCCGCCUGUUGAUGCCCUUAAAGCAAGUUCGUAGGCCAGAUAUUUUGAAGCUAAUGCAGAAAACAGGAGCAGUGCGUCUUUAUGUACUAUCAAGGCUACAACAUUAUGACGUGUUUUUGACCCAUUGGGACAUGUCUACAAAUCAAAACUAUGUGUUAAAGUCUGGUUGGAAUAAAGUUGUUAAGGAGAAUGCACUCGAAGAGACUAUGGUGGUGCAGUUAUGGUCGUUUCAAGUGGGAGAUAUCCCAAGUCUUUUACUUCUUCUUGUAGAUGGCAAUAAUGGUGUUGAUGGUGAUUCAUGUAACUGUAACAGUACCAUGUCUUCUGAUGAAUGUGAAUCCUCUCGAGCCAUUGGUAAUGAUGAUGAGAUAUAUGGUUUUCGAAAACCUGGUGGAAUAAUCAUUCGGGAACCCAAAGCAGAUGGGACGUUAUCUACAAGUGAAAAUACAGGCGACGAAAAAGUAAUAGAGUGUUCCACAUCCAGAAAAGGGAAAGAGAAGGGGGAGAAGCACGGAGGUUCGUCGCCCGACUCGCAAACCGAGAUGGUCUCCGUGGUUUUGACUAGACCAAAGGAGGAGGUGUUUGGUUUUGCUAGGAGAUUACGAUCGGAAAGAAGCCAGAAGCGAGGGUUUGGUUUUGCUAGGAGAUUGGGUUGGACGUCCGCUGCCUCUCAUUUGCUUCCUGCCGGCGAGAAAUGA